AUGGCCAUGGUACAAUCCCUAGAAGAGUCGGCUUCGUCAGAAUCGCUUUGGAGACACCUGCGUGACCAUCAUGGAAUCAGCAAGACAGAUUCACAACGCCGAUUGUUAACAGACCCAUCGUUCAACGUCCCCGCGAGAAUAACCGAUCACCCUUCUUCCACCCCAACCGAAUCAAAACUUGCUUCCGGUCUACUCUACAACGAUGUCGCAGUUGAACACUCCGGUCGGGGGAUCCAACUCACGGUUAACGAGCAACAAUGCCUCAUCAGUUUAUGUAGAAAUAUGAUGGAUCAUUACGAACUGGGUCACUACCCCAAAAGUUUUUGGAUUCGAAUCUCCGCAGCACUACAGGAGCAAACUGGCCGCCGAUACUCAUGGCAGUCAUGUCGACGACGCAUUAUCGGCUAUAUCACGAAACGCAAGGCAUACUGGGCCGCUUACAAAUACAAUCAUAUUCCGGAGUGUGAUAUGCACAGCGACGUUGCAGACGACGUUGAUUCCUGGAUGGGCUCGUGCGAUAGAAAGUUGGGACGGCCUGUGCGCCAGGAAGUCGCCCUGGAAGCGGCGGCUGCGAAACCCGAAGCCCCGCCACUUCGGGUAUCAGUUCAGCAACUGAUAAAGUACACUCGGGUUUCAAAUUGGGUUGAAAGUCUUCCGCCACCCGCAGAGAUGGACCCUUUACCAACGAAAUUCGGCAUUCCUGCGUUGAGCUGGUGCCCUCCCUUCUCCAGCCACCAGUCAUUGUCUCAUUCCCAGUCUCCGAGCCAGUCACCGGUGCUCAACGAGAUCUCUAUGUACCGUCAACGGGCGGGCGCUCCUCGUGGUAUUCAUCUCGCACCGUCGAACACUCCCUCCUAUAGAGGCCAACCUACGGAGCAACAGGAGAGACCGAAACUCUCACCAUUAACCAAUGGCGCGGUUCAAACUCAGACUUCUCCAGGCGCUGUCCCUGAGACAUCUCACAAUACUCAGACUAGCAACAAACGACCUCGUGAUGACGAUGACAACGAUAAUGCAGCCCAUGAUCGCCCCGCUCGUCGUCCACGCCAAGACGAGCCCAGCCAUCCAUCGGCCACCAUAACACUGAAUCAGGAAUCCGCAGUGAACGGUAUAAAAGCCGUAGACAGCUCCGUCGAGAACACGUUCAGCAAACUCUGGGAGCGAGUUGCACCACUCUUCAAGGAUCCUGUUUUGGCCCAGGGUCCUGCGGCGAUGAAAUCCGAGUCCAUCAUGCGUGAUCUAUUCAGCGAGAUUGGAACGGCUUUAACCAAAGCCUUUACGAGAAUGAGAGAAGACAAUGACGAACCUGAGAAGAUGUGA